AAUCUCUAAUAGCUCGCGAGUUGGCUCGCCUUGUUACACCCUAGAGUUUGCAAUUUGUAACGGCCAUACUAACGAACUACCGAAGGUUAAAGAAAGUGGAUUACAAUUUACAAUUAGCACAGCAUUAAAGUAAGAAAAAAGGAACAGGUCUGGUCUGUCUGUUCUGGGUGUCAGAGAAAUCUGUUCCCAACUCCAAAGGGUGUCUAAAUUUAGAUUUUAGUCUGAAACCUAGUCGUUACAUCCUUGAUUUCUUCAAAAUUUCACUCACUUUCCGGCUAAAAGUUUUCAUCUUUGGAAGGUGGGAAUUUUGAAGAGAUGUGUCAUCAGAAUUGUUGUGUGCAUUUAUCUGCCGAUGAAACAGUUGCAGCUGAAGAAAGUCUUUUAAUUUAUUGCAAACCUGUUGAACUUUAUAAUAUUCUUCACUCUCGGGCUCAAUCCAAUCCUGCAUUUCUUCGAAGAUGUUUGCGUUACAAAAUGAAAGCAAGCCGUAAAAGAAGGUUGGCAGCUGGAGUUGUGAUUUUCAACUACAGAGAUUACAACAACAAACUACAAAAAACUGAAGUCACGGAGGACUUCUCUUGUCCAUUUUGCUUGAUGAUGUGUUUGAGUUUUAAGGGUUUACGGUAUCAUUUAUGCUCUUCACAUGAUCUAUUGAACUUCGAGUUCUGGGUAAAUGAAGAGUACCAAGCAGUGAAUGUCUCUGUGAAAAUUGAUAGAUUGUUAUCAGAGACUAUUGCAGAUGGUGUAGAGCAAAGGCAGCAAUCAUUCUUCUUCUGCUCUAGGUCUCGAAGACGCAAAUCAAGAAAUCAUGAUCAAAAUAUGAAACAAGUUUCUGUACAGUUCUUGGAGUUGGAAAGCAUAAAUGAGGAAUUUUUGAGGAAGGACGAUGGUGAGAAUGGUUUCAAGUCAUCUUCCAGUGAAAAAGAUAUGCAUAAUUCGAUGCAUGGAGCAGAAAACUAUAGUCCUGAGAAUCCUAACGCAACAGAGUUGAUAGAGCGUGUAGCGUCAAGUUCUAAUAUCUUAGGUUUUUCAAUUGCGAAGAUUCAAUCUCCUGUGGACUCUGAAUGUGCUGUUAAAUCACAAUGUGGAAACGGUACAUCACUCCCUACUGGUGUCCAUAUUGCAAAAGCAAGGAGGUUAACAGUGGACCGGGUAGACCCUAGAAACCGUGCACUCCUACAAAAACGGCAGUUCUAUCACUCUCACAGAGUUCAGCCUAUGGCACUUGAAGAAGUACUAGAGGAUCGAGACAGUGAAGAUGAAGUUGAUGAUGACAUUGCAGAUUUUGAAGAUAGACGGAUGCUCGAUGAUUUUGUGGAUGUUAGCAAAGACGAGAAGCAGCUUAUGCAUCUCUGGAACUCAUUUGUGAGAAAGCAAAGAGUGCUGGCAGAUGGUCAUGUUUCGUGGGCGUGUGAAGCAUUCUCAAAAUUUCAUGGACAGGAGCUGGUUCGAUCCCCUGCUUUGUUUUGGUGUUGGAGAUUAUUCAUGAUAAAGCUGUGGAACCAUGGUCUUCUUGAUGCAAGCACAAUGAACAACUGUAAUAUAAUUCUUGAAAGAUGUCGAGAUGAGGUAUCUGGCGCUAUGAAAACUGAAAGAGGAGACGAUUAGUGACGUAACAAGUUAUCGGUGACGGAACCAUUCAAUGCACACCCCUAGACCCUAGUCUUAACCUAUUCUUUGUUCACUCCUUAUCAUAUUGAGCCAUUGUAUAUUGGCAUUGUUUGCUUGUACAUUGAAAGGGCAUUUGAGCUCCAUUUCUGCUGUUGUAAUUUCAUUCAUCCCAAGUGGUUGAAAACACAAUUUUUCUAGAAAAAGUUUCCUGAUUAUGAAAAGAAAAUCAUUAAUUAGGAUUUUCCCCA